AUGGACACCGCAGGUGGCAGAGGGGCGCGGGCCAGGCGGGGGACGCGUCCCGCAGCUCCGCGGGGCCGCGGCGCGAAGGGCGCAGCCCGAAGCCCCUCGCGGGGCCGCGUCGCGGGUGAAGGCUCGAGCGCCAUCGCGACCCUCCGGCCCCCGCGGACGGACGCAGCCCCUGCCCGGGGCGGCCGCUCCGCGCGGCGAGCCCCCGCUGCCCCGGAGCUGCCAGCGGGCAGGGCGGCGGGCGGCGCAGAGGCGCUCCCGGCCCCGCGGAGCAGGGCGCCGGCUACCAGAGCCCCCGCGGCCCCGCGGAGCGUCGCAGCGGUGCCCGACGGGGCGGUCGCUGCUGCCGCCGCCCGUCGCCCCCCGCCGGCGGCGGACGCUUUGCGGCUCCGGGAGGUGCUGUCGCGGCUCAGCCUGCCCCGCCAAGACGUGUCCGAGGCUUCGACACUGGUAAACACGGUCAUCUCGCACCUGGUCCAGGCCAUCCGCGGCAAGGACAGCUGCUUCAGCUCCAUCGAGCGGCAGAGCGCCGGCAGCUACUACGAGCGUGUCAAGAUAUCUGAACCAAAUGAGUUUGACAUCAUGCUUGUAAUGCCUGUUCCAAGGAUUCAGCUGAAUGAGUCUGAUGAUACUGGAGCCUAUUAUUAUGUAUCAUUCAAAAGGAUUCCAAAAGAAAAGAGUUGGUUGAAGUUCCUAGAGGAAGAUGGAACAUUAUCAGCCUUUAAAAUGCUUCAAGCACUAAGAGAGAUUAUUAAACAGGAAGUUAAAAACAUUAAAGAUGUGGAAGUCACAGUGGCAAGAAAAAAGGCUGGAAGCCCUGCAAUAACUCUUCAGAUCAAAAAUCCUCCAUCAGAAAUAUCGGUGGACAUCAUCUUGACUUUGGAGGCUCAGAAGAGCUGGCCCCCCAGCACACAGGAUGGCCUCAAAAUUGAACAGUGGCUGGGAACUAAAAAGAGGAGGGAUUUCAGAUUUAGAUCAAUUUAUUUAGUAGCCAAGCAAAACAAAAGAGAAAAAGUUCUAAGAGGGAACACCUGGCGACUCUCCUUCUCACAUAUUGAAAAGGAGAUGAUAAACAACCAUGGUAACUCUAAGACAUGCUGUGAAUCCGAUGGACCAAAGUGCUGUAGGAAAGGUUGUCUUAAGCUGCUGAAGUUUCUUCUAGAGCGACUUAAAAUGAAACAUCCAAAAGAACUGGAAAAAUUCUGUUCCUAUCAUGUCAAAACUGCUUUUCUCCACUCCUGUGUCACGUGGCCAAAUGACACAGACUGGCACUUGGGAAACCUGGAUCAUUCCUUUCAGCAAUGUCUGGGAUUUUUUGUGGGUUGUCUCCAAAAGUCUCAGCUGACUCACUUUUUUAUUCCCCAAUACAACUUGCUCAGCCUAGAAGAUAAGGCAAGACAUCAUUUCCUUUCAAGAAAAAUAAGCUAUGAAUUGAACAAUGGAUUCCCCAUAUUUCAUGAGAAUUAUUAAGAACAUUGUUCACAAUAGAUAUCUAAUCAUGUUGACUUUACACAUUUGAAACAAAUAAAUGACUACUCUUCAGUAGUCUGUUCUACAAAACUCAAAAACCCCAAAACAAAAUAAAAUGAAGACCACUAAGAGAAACAUCUAUACUUCAGUCACACUGCUUAGCCAUAACCCUUAAAAGAAAUGUUUUAAGUAAUAUUUACCUUGCCUAUCCAAAUGUGGAUGUCACCUGCAAAAUAUCUUCAAGGUAUACUAAGAACAUAGAGAAGAAUUUGCAAUCGUUCAUUUCCCACAUGUAAUUUCUAUGUUUCCAAACACAAAGGCAUCAAUGACUUCAUGAAGGGAAAACUGACAAUUUUAUUUAAAAUUAAGAUCCACUGCAGAAUAUCCAAAAUACACUCCUACUUUCAAAAGAAAAAAAAAAAAGUCACUGGAGUUACUUCGACAUUAACCAGAACAACUUCUCCAGAUUACCUGGGUGGAUAUGAAGAUCUUUUGCAGAAGACAAUCACCAGCAACAGGUUACCAGAGAGGGUGUAUUUUACCUUAGUAAUAUGAAGUUCCUGAAGUAACUUAUCCUUUUUGAGUCUUCAGAAUUACUUUAGAAAUCAGUCUUUUCAUUGGGCUUUGGAUGGGAAACAAUCAUUACCUAAUAAGCUGCAACAGAGUAGAUGGUUUUCUGCCAAUGAGCAUUUAUUUGUAUGAUGAAUCAUGUAGAAAGAAAUGCAUCUUUCAGCCUGUAUCAAAGAGGAAGACUCUUGAUAUAAAAGGUUUUCAAAACCAAAAUGCAGCAUGAACUGGACACUCCUGAAAUUGAAAUUCAUAUCCGUUUUUCUCAUAUUGAAGAAAUGUGUAUUAGGAAAAAAAAGUGAUAAUAAUUGAUAAAUGAUAAUAAUUCCUAUCAUUAAAAUUGUGCAGGUGAGAAGUACACAGCAUUUGAGAAUUGCUGUGCUGCAGAUAAAUACAUCUUUUGCUUCUACUUAUAGAAGCCGUGGGAAGUCCAUAUUUUUAGCCUACUUUUUGAAGGCAAAAUAACCUACUGGCUUGAAUAAUGCCCAGAUUUACCUCAAUUAUGAGCAAAUUAAGAGAAAAGAAUAUUUAGAGAGUAAUUUUAGUAAACUAUUUUAAUUUUACUGAAUUUUGUUUAUUAGUUUUUAUUUAAUUGUAUGACACAUAUAUUAACACAAGUUCAGACCAAGCAUCAAAUGAAGGAAUAACUCCUUCCCACAUAAAUUUCAAAGAGUAGAAAACAUGCCCCAUUAUCACUGGGAGACUGGUGUGACAGAACCUGACAUCCAAAUGUAAAAUGUGAAUCAACUUUAUCUGGAAGAAAUAAAAGCUGACCUUCAAAUGUA